UGGGGGGCGGCGUCUGCCCACGUGCUGUGGGGGGAGAGAAACAAUGAGGCCUUUGGUGUUUGUUCAGGAUCCACCCCCAGCUUCCCAGCGUGUCCCCUCUGCGGGCUGGAUCCGGGUGGCUGAUUGGGGGUGGAGCGGGGGGCCCUGAAUGGGCCCCUUGUCUCAAGGCUGGGUGUGGGCCAGGCUCCCCGGGCACACAGUGCCCUCACCAGGCCUGGCUGGCCGCCGUGGCUUCCACCCCCAGCUGGCUGAGGACAGGCCCUGUGGGUGAGCAGGCCCCUCCCUGGCAGCCUGGGCUUGGGUCCCGGGCAGAAAGCAGCAGCCAGCCAGAAAGACCCCAUCUAGUGGGGGAGCGGGGAGAAGCAGCAGUCGCAGCUUGAGGGGAACCCUGAGAGGAGCCACAGGAGACCCUGACCCGAGGGGAGAGGUGUGGAGAAGCCGGUCCUCCAGGGCCCACCUGGGUUGGGCCCCUUGCCUUCUAGCUCCUUAGAUUUACAGUCUCAGACAAAUUCUCCAGAUUUUCUGAAUCUCGGAUUUCUCAUGGGUAUACAGUGGUGCUGACAGUCACAUCAAUCUUGAAGGGCUGUUUUGAGGAUCACAUGGCACAGUACAUGGAAAACGCCUAGCACAUACCAGACACUCAGUCAAUGUCACUUUCCUUUCCCUGGAUUGGUGGCAAGAAGAGUCGAGGCCAUAAGCAAUGAGCUCCGUGGGUCCUGGAAGGGCCUCGGGGGUUGGGACCAGGGCCAGGUGGCUCUCACAAUGGACUAGAACUCUCUGUCACCCUAGGUUCUUCUGCAUUUUGACUCCUCUCCCUGUCCCAGGGAGGGGAGGAAGGACCUGGGAUGAAUUGCUGAAGAGAUCUUUGCCCCUAGAUUUCCUAUUCCUUCCUUCCCUGCUGUGCUUGAGACUCUUCAGCUCCUACAAGACCCUUGUGGUGUGUCAUCCAAUGCCCAAAAGCCUGUCCCUCUCCCCGUCCCACAUGUUGGCCCUGUCCCUACUUGGGGUUCUGGAAUGAUGGCUGUGAUCAUGAGGUUCAUCUUUUGGAUCAGACGAGUUUGGCAAAGAAUGACCUGUUGGGUUCUUCAGUGGAGACGCAGAGCUAAGCUAAUCAUCUUGGAACCCACUGACUCCAAGAAACAAGAAAUCAAGGGGGUGGAGGAGACUACGGAGUUGGACACUGUCAAGUUGAUCGAACCCCCCAAAGAGGCUAAGGUCACCACUCUGGAAGAGCACCCUGAGGUGGCUGAGGCCUACGUGCUGGCGAAAACCAUGGACGAAACUGUGGACGAGACUGAGCUGGAGCUGGGUCCUGAGCCUCGCUCCCUGCUACGACUGCCCCAGACAGCGGUCCAGUCGGUCUCCACACUCAUGUUAUCUGCCCUGCAGAGUGGUUGGCAGAUGUGCAGGUGGAAGUCAUCUGUGAGUUCGACCUCAGUGACCUCCCAGCUAAGGAGACAGUCCCCCCUGGAGACCCCAGAGGCUGAGAUGCUGCGGGAAGUGUACCUGGUGCUCUGGGCCAUUCGGAAACAACUGCGGGAGCUGGCCUGCAGGCAGGAGAGAUGCAGACGGCAUCACAUCAGGACCCACAGUUCUUCCCAGCUUGAAUCAGUGCAGGGCCUAAAGCAGGAUGCCCAAAGUCCCCUCUAGGGAGAACCUCAGAACCUCAGAAAGCGCCCACCUUUCUCAUGGGUAAGGUUGAUAGGAGGGAUCAGGGCAGCAGGCCAGAAGUUAUGGAUGAGGAGGUGUUUCCAUACUGUCACCUCUCAUCUCAACGGGAACCCAAGGCCAGGCUUGGGGCCCCACAUAUUCCCCUUUAUUGUGUUUAUUCAAUUUGUAAAAAAAAAAUAAUAAUAACAAAAUAUUGAGAAAUAAAUAUCAAAUGUUUCUGAGUAUAUGUA